UAGACCGGUCACCAAUCACUUCCCUUUUUAAGCUUCCAAAUGAAUCCGGAAACUCCGAGACAUUUCGAUUUGACUUAUUUACCCCUAACAUUUUCUUUAAUUUACUUAACUCUCCUCGGUUCCUUCGUCACUACAUGAAGCGCGGGAGCAUGGAAUCGCCGGCACCGGAGGAUUUUUCCGGCGAGCCCGAGGAGAAAGUGUUUAUAGGGAGUGAUAAAUUUUCGGAUUCUUCAUCGAACGGUUUGAAAACUGUUCUGGCUUUGGCAUUAUGGCUUGGAGGUAUUCAUUUCAAUGGAGCAGUGAUAUUCUUCGCAAUUUUCUUCCUUCCUCUCUCCAAAGCACUCUUUGUUUUUGGUUUGCUUUUUGUGUUAAUGGUGAUUCCUAUUGAUGAAAACAGCUUAUUUGGUCGAAAAUUAGCCAGGUAUAUAUGUAAGCGUGCUUGUAGUUACUUUCCUGUCACACUUCAUGUAGAGGAUAUAAAGGCUUUCCAUCCAAAUCGUGCUUAUGUUUUUGGUUAUGAACCACAUUCAGUUUUACCGAUUGGAGUCGUUGCGCUAGCCAACAACACGGGUUUUAUGCCUCUUCCGAAAAUAAAAGUUCUUGCAAGUAGUGCAAUAUUCUACACACCGUUUUUGAGACAUAUUUGGACAUGGUUGGGUCUGACACCAGCAACAAAGAAAAACUUUACCUCCUUGCUGGAUGCAGGCUAUAGUUGCAUCUUGGUACCAGGUGGAGUUCAAGAAACAUUUAUCAUGGAACAUGGUUGUGAGAUUGCCUUUCUCAAGGCAAGAAGAGGAUUUGUCCGCAUAGCGAUGGAGAAGGGGAAACCCCUGGUUCCAGUUUUCUGCUUUGGACAGUCAGAUGUCUAUAAGUGGUGGAAACCAGGUGGGAAGCUAAUUCUGAAUUUUGCGAGGGCGAUCAAGUUCACUCCGUUAUACUUCUGGGGCAUUUUUGGAUCUCCAAUACCAUUCAAACAUCCCAUGUAUGUGGUGGUGGGUAGACCAAUUGAGAUUGAGAAAAAUCCGAAAGCGACGCCUGAAGAGGUUGCUAAAGUACAUAGUCAGUUCGUUGAAGCACUUCAAGAUCUUUUUGAACGGAACAAAGCACGAGUUGGUUAUGUGAAUCUUCAGUUGAAAAUUGUUUAACGAGCACACAAAAUUUCGAGGAUAAAUAGUGAUUUUGGUAUUUAAAUGGGUAAGACGUUGUCAUUAUAGUCCAUGAAUUAUUGUGAUGGUGUCUCGCAAAUUUAAGAACCAAAAUGACUAUUUAUCUCAACUUCAACAUCUAUCUAUAUUUUCGCAGAAAUUCCAGGUGUCUCCCCUUAGGUUAGGCUAUGUUUGGAAUAGUGAUACAACUGGUCCAGAUUAAGAAUGUAAAGAAUGUAGUUUUAUUGAAUCUCCAUCGUGCACCAGCGUGGGACAGCACUAAGAAUAAGAAUCUAUAUAUAUAAAAUUACUAUUUUGUCAAAA